UCUGAGGCAGCAGCAGUUCCCCUGCGCUCUCCUCCUCCUGCAGGCUGCACUCAUACACACACAAACGCGCGGAAAGAUACAAACAGAGCGACGCACCAAAGCCAGUGAGAUACUGGAUGCAGAGUCUUGCAGGCUUUUUAUUUAGAAUCUUCAGGCAAAUACUAGCCCAAAAUCAACUCCGUCAAACUGCAAGUUGAUUUUUGAGGCACUUGCUUCCACUCUUGUCAACCUCCAGGCUUAUUUUGCUUUUAUAAAUCUUGCUAAAAUGAGGACAACAUUGCUCUGCAUUUGUGCCACUUUCCUGCUCAUGGCCACCUUGGUGCCGCAAACCACCGUGGCAGCAGAGUACUCCGUCAACUCUCACCAGCGUUGGGACGCCAGAGGAGCUUACAGUCUUGGAUCUGAAUCUGGUCACCCCACCUCUUGCCCCGUGAAACUUCGACCCUCUGGCCACUGUGGGAGCUCUGGAGCUGGGGGAGAGGACAGCGAGGAAUGCCCCUACCAGCUUACCUUGCCUCCUCUCACCAUUCAGCUGCCCAAGCAGUUCAGGCUGCUGGAAAAGACGAUGAAGGAGCUGCAGAGCCUCAAAGAGGUGGUGAACAAGCUGAAAAGCGGAUGCCAGGAGUGCCGUGGGGAGCGGAGCAAUAGGGUCUUUGGAUAUCAGCAAGCUGACGAGGGGCAGACACAGAUCCCCAUUCAAGGGGAUGCUGGAGAAGAUGCAGAGCUGGAUCUUCAGAGGGGGUCCAGCCAGGAGGAGAGGGGAGAUGGAAUGGUGCCUGGAGCUAUUUUGGACCGUGCCAGACUGGGGCAAGGUUCCAAUUUUGGGAAAAUCACGCCAAGCCCAAGCAGUAUGCAGGAGAUGCAGGUGAAACUGAACAGGAUGUCGGCCAGCCUGCGCAACGCCAGGAGCCAGAUAUCAGCUCUACAGGGCAGACUGGAGGGACUAAACCUGCUCAACAUUGACAACGUGCAGGCUAUGGUGGACAGACGGGUGGAGAACAUCACCGGAGUGGUCAACAAGCUGAGCUCCAGCUGUACUACCCAGUGCGCAGUGCAGAACAGCCCCCAGUUCAUCGUAGCCCCUCGGGACUGCUCGGACUAUAACGCCCUGGAGGUGAGGAAGAACGGUGUUUACAGAGUGACCCCUGACCCUCGCAAUGGAACAUUUGAGGUUUUCUGUGAAAUGGAGUCCUUCGGUGGUGGCUGGACUGUCGUACAGCAGCGCCUCGACGGAUCCGUCAGCUUCAACCGCACAUGGACUGAGUACAAGAAAGGAUUUGGGAACCUGAGAAGCGAGUUCUGGCUGGGCAAUGACCAUAUUCACUUGCUGACGAAGGCCAAGGACAUGAUUCUGCGCAUUGAGCUGGAGGACUUUGAGGGUGUCCGGGAAUAUGCAAAGUAUGACCAAUUCUACGUGGCUAAUGAGUACUUGCGUUACCGACUCUCCAUCAGCGGGUACAGUGGAACAGCUGGGAAUGCCAUCAGUUUCAACAGGCACUUCAACCACGACCAGAAGUUCUUCUCCACCCCCGACCGUGACAAUGACAUGUACCCCUCUGGAAACUGUGGCGCGUACUACAGCUCUGGCUGGUGGUUCGAUGCGUGCAUGUCUGCCAACCUCAACGGGAAGUACUACCACAAGAGGUACAAGGGUGUCAGGAACGGGAUCUUCUGGGGAACGUGGCACAACAUGACGACGGAGUACUACCCCACCAACUACAGGCAGGCCUUCAAGACCGUCAAGAUGAUGAUACGGCCCAAAAACUAUGUUCCUUAAGAGGACAGGGCAAUCUUCACACAAGGAGAAAAUUCAAGAACAUAAAACUCCACACCUUUUCGUGUAGCCAUUCACACAUGCUUACAUAAACACACACACACGCACACACACACAUACACAAAGACAAGUGGUAAAGAAAGUUUGACCUCAGUACCAACAAAAAUCAUUGUGAAAUAUCAUAUUGUGCCAUCCCAUUUUACUGUAUGUGAGCGUGGCCUUUGAAAUGUUGGAUUAAUAUGACAAUAAUAAUAAAAGAAAAAUCAUCUGUGAAAAAUGAGACUAUUUAAAAAAAAUAAAUAAAUUGCUGCGUAUAGGCCAGCCUCCUUCCGGGUGCUGUAAUAUUCCACGGGGCGUUAACGUGAAUAAUUUGUCACCAGUCCCUGACAUUUCUCCCACUUUCAUCCUGCUGCAUCGUGCUAUAAUCCCUGCUGAGACGCAGCACAGCACAGCACAUACCAGUAGUAAAAACUAAUGAGCUAUCAUUUUCUCUGCUGUAAAUGAUUUCAUAAUUAACAACGACCACUCAAGUGAGGGAGCUUAUGAUAGAGUUUUGUGUCUGAAAUUACUCAUAAAAGACAUCCUGCUGGGACUGUUUAAUUACACUGGGGCAGCGUGGUAAUGCAUCAUUAUCCUAAACAUUAUGAAAUUCGCCAGGGAAGACAUGCGGCCUUAGAGGUAUCCCUAUACUUCUACUUGUAUGGGGUAGAGCUUUGAUUACUAUCUGAUAAAUUGCUCUUGACACUUAACAGUUUCGAUUAUUUUCCCAUCAUUAUCUCUUGGUGCGCUGUACAGCUCUUAAUUGUUGACACAUUUUAAACUUUUUGAGAUUCUCCUUGUCAACCUUGUGUACAAUACUGCUAUCUAGUGUUAAAAAACUGUAUAGCACCAUUUAGUCAAUUUUAUACACACUGAAAGGCAAAGAUGGACUAAAGAAGUGUUCAUGUUUUGAUGUGUACAGUAUUUAUUUUACUUUGUGAUGUAACAGAGCUUUUAUAUUAUAUGUAUGGUUGAUCAUACAGUAUAAAGUCUAUACACUGUU